CUGCGUGUCUAAUUCUGUUCGUUCGUCGUCGACUCUCUUCGAAUCUCAGUGCCUUGGCGGCAGCGGGGUACCAGUGCAACAGCGCGCAGUUGUAGCCAUAGACGAAUAGUGGGAGAAUUUUGUACCACGAAGUAGCGCGGUAGACUAGCAUCAGAUAUGUGGUGGCUUCGCGGUAUUCAAACAAUUAGAAAUGCAGAUGGAGGUGGAGGUUCUGCUGGCCUUGUUUUCAGCACAUUCACGAGGUAUUUCUCGAGGUCGCGAGCAGAGAAUCUUAGGAAAAUCAAUCCCAAGUUGACCCCUCAGGAGGCUUCUUUGGUUGCUCAAGAUCUCUAUGGUGUCGUCAAGCAGCAUGGACCGCUCACAGUUUCCAAUGCUUGGAUUAAAGCCCAGGAAUCUGGCGUGGGUGGAUUGAACAGCAAAACACACAUGAAGCUGUUGCUGAAAUGGAUGAGGGGAAGGAAGAUGCUGCAGCUUUUCUGCAACCAAGUUGGUUCGAACAAGAAAUUUCUGCUCGCCACGCCCGAUGAUCCUCGAGCAGAAGAGUUGAAGAGUGCUUCAGAACCAGUAGUCCAGAGACGAAAGAAACAGAAGGCACAAAUAAGGAGGAGAAAGGCAUCGAAAUAAACUUUUGCCAACGUCCAUGAGUUUACGAUGCAGUCGAUGGACUACCCUCGGACUUGUUAGUACUGAUGGCAGGCUCACGACUUAUGACGAUGAAUUUAUGAGUUUCUGCCAUUCACUGUUUUCCCCCAAAUUUCAACUCUUUUGGGUGUUAUGCAAGGUUUCUUUUGAACAUUUCACGUUGA